AUGGCACACGGCAAUGGAAUUGCCGAUAUUUAUAAAUCGGUAAUUGCCGAUGUUAUCAGUAAUAUGAAAGAAGCGUUUUUGGACGAGAAUAUAGAUGUUGAUGUGCUUUCUCAACUUAAAAAGGAAUGGGAAGACAAAGUGAACUCCAGUGGAUGUGUCGAUUUAGAGAGCAACGCGCCUCCACCAGCACCGCGCCAACAGCAUGUUACUCCUAAUCCUGUUCGUCCAAAUCCAAUCCCCAAUCAUAGAAUCAAUCCAAAUGUCCAACAACAGCAACCACAGAGAUCGGCGUUAGCUGCAUUACAUGCUGCUCAAAUGGGAGAUACACCUAUUCGAAUGGCGUAUACUGCUCAGACAGUGCAACAUCCACAACAAGUUCGCAUGUUUCCACAGCAGUUCCAAGGAGGAAUGCCGUUCCAACCAGGACAAGUUUUCGUUGUUCAGCAACCAGGAGGUCAAAAUCUUCCUAUGACUAUAAUGCCAAAUCAACUCCAACAUCGAAUAGUUCAACAAGGUCAACCGCAACAAAUACCUCAACAACAUCAACAAGGUAAUCAGCUUACUCACAUGAAUAUGAAUCAAAUGGAUGGCAAUGGUGGCUCCGAAUCGGAUGGUGAAGGGUGUAGCGAACCAUUGCAUGUCCGUCAGAAAAAAGCUAAAGCAUCGAUGAAGGUUCGUGGAACCGGUGCAAGCAAGAAGGAAGCAAUGAAGGUGUUGGGUUCAAUGUUGAAAGAAAUUCAACUCGAUGGUGGUGGCGGUGGAAUGUCGGACUCGUCGAGUGAGGAGGAAGGUGACGAAGAUGAUGAUCCAUUGAGAAGAAUCGCCGAUCGAAUGGGAAACGGAGAAGUAGAAGACGGGGAUCAAGUUGCCGAGGAAGAACCGUUGAACUCGGAAGAUGAUCAAUCGGAUGAUGAAGACUUGACCAUGCUAUUCGAUGCUGAAAACGUUGUGAUGUGCCAAUUUGAGAAAGUGAAUCGUGCUCGUACCAAAUGGAAGUUCCAACUCAAGGAUGGCAUCAUGCACAUCGACAAAAAAGAUUACUGCUUCCAAAAAUGCACCGGAGAGGCAGAGUGGUGA